AUGUUUAUGCGGGUACGACACAUUGUCAACGCCAACGUCAACGUCGUGAUGUUCGUCCUACAAUUCGCUGUUGUGGCCAUUGCGGCUCUCUCCCAUGCCGCUCCAGCACCCGUCAGGCAUGUCCUGCACGAAAAGCGCCAUGCCCCAGCAUCCGACUGGGUCAAAGGUGCGCGCAUCGAUCCGGACGCGGUGUUGCCCAUACGCAUUGGCUUGACCCAGACCAAUCUUGAAAAGGGUCAUGAUUUCCUAAUGGAAGUUUCGGAUCCUUCGUCCCCCAAAUAUGGGCAAUAUUGGUCCGCCGAAGAUGUGCACAACAUGUUUGCACCUCCCGAAAAUGCUGUCAAGGCAGUCAAAGAAUGGCUCAUCUCCUUUGGUAUCCACGAUUCGCGCAUUGUGCAUUCUGACAACAAGGGCUGGAUUGCAUUCGAUGCAUCAGCCGAGGAAGCCGAGAGUCUGCUACUCACGGAGUUCUAUGAACACGAACACAAGCACAGUCCCAAAGUGCGCGUGGGAUCUGACAAAUACCACGUCCCGGAGCACCUGGUGCCACACAUUGACUACAUCACUCCUGGAAUCAAACUCACGCCUGUUGUCAAGAGGACUGUGCAAAGGAAACGAUCAAUCCCACAUCAGGCAAAAAAGCCGAAUCGUCUUUCCUCCAACUCUCCAGCAUUUAACGGGUUUCCUUGGGGCUGGAAGCCGCCGGGAGCUGGUCAACUUCCUGCUGAGCUGCAAGACUGCGGUAGAAACAUCACUCCUCCAUGCAUCAAGGCUUUGUACCAGAUCCCCAAUGCCACCAAAGCAACGCCGGGCAACUCUUUAGGCCUUUACGAGCAAGGUGACUAUUUUGCCAAAUCCGAUCUUGAUCUGUUCUAUGCCAAAUAUGCCCCAUACGUUCCUCAAGGCACCUACCCCAUUCCAGCAAAUAUUGACGGAGCGAACUAUUCCGUUCCCGCAUACAGCCCUUGGAAUGGGGGUGAAGCUGACAUUGACAUUGAUAUGGCCUACUCUCUGAUCUAUCCUCAGACCGUUACACUUUACCAGGUCGACGACCAAAUUUAUGAGCCAGAAGAAGUUGCAACUACUAAUCUUUUCAACACUUUUCUUGAUGCCCUCGAUGGAUCGUACUGCAACUACACUACUUUUGGCGAGACCGGAGACGACCCAUCCAUUGACCCAGUAUAUCCUAAUCCUCAGCCAGGGGGAUAUCAAGGCAAGCUCCAAUGCGGUAUCUACAAACCAACUAAUGUUAUCAGUGCCUCGUAUGGCCAAGCUGAAGCUGACCUGCCUCUCAACUACACCAUGCGCCAAUGCAACGAGUUCAUGAAGCUGGGUCUCCAGGGCCAUUCAAUCUUGACUGCCUCUGGAGAUUAUGGAGUUGCCUCCUUCCCAGGUGAUGAGGGCGCUUCUGCUAAUGGCUGUCUUGGUCCCGAAGGCAAGAUAUUCAACCCGCAAUAUCCUGGAAACUGCCCCUACAUCACCUCUGUCGGCGGCACCAUGCUCUACCCCAACCAAACUGUCUAUUCGCCAGAGAGCGUCAUGCACGUGAACCUAGGCGGCUCCGCUUCCAACUUCUCGUCCGCAGGAGGAUUCUCUAACUAUUUCCCCCAACCUUGGUAUCAAAAAGCUGCAGUGGAACGGUACUUUGAAAUCGCGGAUCUCAAAUAUCCAUACUACUCGGAAUUCAACGUCGAUUUCAACACCACCACUGGUCUAUACAACAGAAUUGGAAGAGGCUUCCCUGAUAUCUCCGCCAAUGGAGCAAAUUUCCGCGCCUUCACCGAUGGUGACGACUAUUUCUGGUACGGAACCAGUUUGGCUUCGCCUUUAUUUGCUUCGGUCCUGACUUUGCUUAAUGAAGAACGAUUCGCUAUUGGAAAGGGUCCAAUUGGUUUUGUCAAUCCGGUCUUUUACGCCUUCCCUUGGGUCCUCAACGAUGUCACGAAUGGUACCAAUGUCGGAUGUGGAAGUGAAGGAUUCCAUGCUGCUCCUGGAUGGGACCCCGCAACCGGUCUGGGCACGCCCAACUACCCAAAGAUGAAAGAGCUAUUCCUCUCUUUGCCAUGAAACGUAAACUCAUAUCUAACGAGCGGAUGGAACUAAAGAAAAUGUAAUAGCAUGUCCAAUCAUGAAUGUGAAUCUGUGCCGAU